AUGGCACUGCGGGAUGCUAGGUAUGACUCCAUCUGUAGCUACAAAUGUCUUGCCAUCUGCAAUGAAAGGGCACCCAACAAUGAGGAUUAUUGCCAGAAGGCAUGCAAAACCUAUUGUGAGAACUCCAAGGAGGAGAAGGAGCUUGAUACGGGAGUGAAAAAAGGCAGCAUGGUUGACAAGAUCUUGGAAAAGUCUCGAAAGAAGAAGUUCGACGCCAACCGCCAGGACAAUGCCAAGACUGAGAAGUUGGACUUGUGGCUGGGCUCGCAAAUCGCCCUCACUAACGAGUCGGAUUAUGCCAAUGGCAUCAAGGAGACAGGUCGCAUCCGAGAGAUGCUCAAGCGAUAG